AUGCUAGGGCGCUAUAGCGUGUUGUACCUGCUAGUUGUUGAUUGUUCCGGUGUGGCGCAGAGUGGCGCUACGUGGAGGCUCCAGGCCACAGACCGCUCGAAGUCACCGGCCAGUACACUGUUGCGCCCGAGUUCGUCGGCUACACGGCCAGCCCGGGACACGCAGAGCGCGUCGAGCUGGUCGAAUACCCGCGAUCUGACGAGGGCGGCGCGCCAGACGACAGCCGCGCCCACAGACGACAUCCCCGUGUUCGACCGCAACAAAGUCAGUCUGGACUUCCCGGGGAGCCUGUUUGGACCAUCCGUGUCGCUCCUCAUCCGUACCACUAAAAUUCUCGGCGAUGUAGUACAGAACACAGCAGUACGAUAUCAGUCUUUCUUGAGAUUGUUCCGACCUCUGUUCCGCGGGCAAUUCGAAAUCAAAGGCUUGGACCCUCCCACCACCACUACCACGCGCAGACCUACCACCACCCGGACGACCACCACCACCACCACGCCGGCGCCUGCCACCCAAGAUAAUGAGAUAAAUCGGAGAAGA